UCCUCCCAAAUUCCCAAUCCUCUGCUCUUCCAUUCUCUUCAAUCUCUCUGGAUUCCUCAACUCAUUCUCGUAUUGGUUUUCUUCGUUGAUGGUCAUAGAGAGAGAAAGGCAAGAACUUUCGGUGCAUCUCCGUGGUAUUGCGCCAUAGAAAUCCAUAAGUGAGGUGAGAUAUCUGACCGGCAUCCAUUGUUGCGCUUUGAUCUUGUAGUUGUUCUUCUUGUUUGUCUCGCAAUGAUGAUGUUUAGAUUUUUUAUCAAGAAGCUCUGUGGACCUGCUUUUCAGCAUCCUUCUUCCAGAAAUCCCACUUUUAGAUGUAUUUGCUGCUUCUCUACUUCCAUAACCGAGGGAACCAUACCUAAACCACCUUCUGCAGUUGAAUUUAACUAUGUUGGAUUCUCCUCAGAGGAAACAUUGAGGGCUUCAAAGCCCCUCAAUGAAUCAACUCUGCCCCAGCAACCAGAGUUGAUCCUUGGUUUCUUGAAAAGAAGUGGUUUUGAUGAUAUUCAGAUCAAGAAUCUUGUUUCUAGGCACCCUAAAUGGCUCCUCCUUGAUGAAGAAACCUUGCAGCCAAAGUUCAAAGCUUUGCAGGAUUUGGGGUUUUCUGGUCCUGAUCUUGCGGGGUUUAUCAUAGCAAACCCCUUUGGAAUUUUCCGAGAUUUUGAACAUAAUCUCUUGCCCAAGAUUGAGUUUUGGAUUGACCUUCUUGGUUCCUUUGAGGCCCUCAUAAAGCUUCUGAAGAACAAUAGACGCUUUCUUAAGCGCAGCUUGGAGAAGACGAUAAUUCCAAAUGUAAUGAUGCUUAGGGAAUGUGGCAUUCCUGAUAUUAGGAUCAGAUCUGUAGUGAAGCACCGACCAAGUUUCAUACUGCAGAAGCCGGACAGGUUCAAGACUUUAGCUGCGCAUGUGGAGAAGAUGGGAGUUCCUCGGAGCUCAGGGAUGUUCUUUUGGGCACUUAGCUCCCUCCAAAGUACCAGUGUGGCCAGGUUCAAUGCAAGGUUGAAGCUCAUGAAGAGUUUGGGGUGGUCAAAGGAAGACUUCAAUACUGCAUUUUGUAAGAAUCCAUUGUUCUUGACACCCUCUCUGAAGGUUAUGAAGGAGAAGAUGGAGUUUUUAGUGAAUGAAGUUGGGUGUGAGCCAUCUUAUGUUGCCAAUCAUCCAGUUCUUUUGUCAUUGAGCUUGGAGAAGAGGUUGAUUCCAAGACAUUGGGUAUUGCAGAUGCUGAAGUUGAGAGGGUUGGGCAAUAGGAAGAGUCUGACUACUGUAAUGUGCUGCUCAGAUAAGAAGUUUAUCAAUGAUUUUGUUCUGUGUCAUUUGAAAGAAAUACCCGAACUCUUGGGGAUUUGUUCCAUUGGCCGCAAAAAGAAAGAUGGCCUGGAUGUCCUGGUUCAAAAACUCAGUGUCCUUGCAUGAACUAAGAAUCUGUGCAAUCCAAGAACUUACAAUCAUGGAAUGAGAUCAAUCUGGUUUCUUCACCGAGGAGAUGAAUCUGGUUUCUUCACCGAGUACCAGCGAAGGAGGGAAUCAAGAAUUCGGAUUCUGGUAAUGGUUAAAUUAAAGUUGAAACAAAGAAAAAAUUGUUUUUGAUCGAGUUGUUACUUGCUGAAGAACCAAAUUAAUUAAUUUCUGCAAUAUAGUUUAAGUGCAUUCUUCUUAUUA